GCCUCCGCUUCCCAGUGUAAGCAGGCUAGGCGCAGGCGCAGGAGCAGGGGAGGGGAGCUCACCGUUCCCAUGGCAACUGAUCAACAGGUCCAACCUCGGGUGAGCUGCUGAGCCUACAAACCUGUGCCUUGCCUACCCGCCCGCCAUGUGUACUGCUGAGGUGGACCGCCACGUAGCCCAGAGAUACGUGCUCAAGCGGCGGCUGGGGAAAGGGGCCUAUGGCAUUGUGUGGAAGGCAGUGGAUCGGAGGACUGGUGAAGUCGUGGCCAUCAAGAAAAUCUUCGAUGCCUUUAGGGAUAAAACAGAUGCCCAGAGAACAUUCCGGGAAAUUAUGCUGCUCCAGGAGUUUGGAGACCAUCCCAACAUCAUCCGCCUCCUCGAUGUGAUCCGGGCAGACAACGACAGGGACAUAUACCUGGUAGUUGAAUCUAUGGAUACUGACCUGAAUGCCGUCAUACAGAAGGGUAACCUAUUGGAGGAUAUCCACAAGCGCUACAUCUUCUACCAGCUCCUGCAGGCCACCAAGUUCAUCCACUCAGGGCAUGUCAUCCAUCGGGACCAGAAGCCAUCCAAUGUUCUCCUGGAUGCCAACUGCUUGGUGAAGCUUUGUGACUUUGGUCUGGCCCGCUCCCUGAACAACCUCCCUGAGGGGCCCGAGGGCCAGGCCCUGACAGAGUAUGUGGCCACACGUUGGUACCGGGCUCCCGAAGUGCUCCUGUCUUCACGCUGGUAUACCCUUGGGGUGGACAUGUGGAGCCUCGGCUGCAUCUUGGGAGAGAUGCUGCGAGGGCAGCCCCUGUUCCCAGGCUCAUCUACACUGCACCAGUUGCAGCUGAUCCUGGAGACCAUCCCACCUCCAUCGGCAGAGGACCUCCUGGCUCUUGGCUCAGGCUACAGUGACUUGAUUCUGCAACGCCUGGGGUCCAGGCCACGACAGACACUGGACACCCUCCUGCCGCCAGACACUCCCCCGGAGGCUCUGGAUCUCCUUAGGCAACUCCUGGUGUUUGCCCCAGACAAGCGGCUUAGUGCAGCCCAGGCGCUGAAGCACCCCUACGUGCAGAGGUUCCACUGCCCAGACAGAGAGAGGACACGGGGUGUGGACAUACAGUGGCCAGUGCACGAAGAAGACCAGCUCUCUGCAUCAGAGUACCGCAACCGCCUCUACCAGAUCAUCCUGGAGUGGAGAGGCAACAGCCAUGGUCCAAGAAAGGAAGGUCUGGGGGGUGUCACCUCGGGGACAGAGCCCAGGACCUCCUGUGCCCAGGGCCACUUUCUCAAGUCCCAAAUCAAUCCCCAGCUCCCUAUCAGGGCACCUGCCUGGAACCCAGGACCCAGGCCACAGACUAGCCUGGGUCAGGACCCAGAGAAUGGUGUGCCUGCUCCAGAAGCCCCCAGUGUAGCCAGGAACAUGCCAAGGCAGAGGUCAGCCUUCUUGCUCCAAGCUCAGGCCCCAGGCAGGAGGGACAGGCCGCCCCUUGGGGUGGCCUUGGAGCCUCCCUGGGCCCCCUCUGGGGUGAAGCCAACUGUGAGAGGCACGGUACCCUCUCUGACUAUGCAGGCAGCAGCCCAAGUAGCCAACCAGGCCUUGAUUCGAGGUCACCCCACCCGGCGUGUGCUUCAGGUCCCUCCCAGGCUUCUCCAGGAAGCCCCAGAGCCUCGACCUGGCCGGAGGAUGUUCAGGACCUCAGCCUCACAGGGGGCCCAGGGCGAAGCCAGGGCUGCACUCGGGGGCUACUCCCAGGCCUAUGGGACUGUGUGUUACUCGGCACUAGGCCACCUACCUCUGCUUCCUGGACCCCAUGGGUGAGCUGCCUGCCCACCUCACACUUCCUGUUUUGAUGUCCUCAGGAGAGCACACAAAUUUCCCAUCCCAGGCCCAAUGAUUUCUUUCCAAU